AACAUCCAUUUAAUUGUUCCAGCUCAAAGAAACUGCCGUGAGACUAUCGGAGAGUAUAAGACGGCGAGGUACCCAGUUGCCGAUGUCUAGAAAAGCCGCUGUCAAUGGAUUCUUAAAAUCCUCAAACCGCCAACCGAGACCUCCGCCGCUUCCUCUGCUACUCGUGGAGCCUUCGCCUUCGCCUUCCAGCUUCCCCUCCGCCACCACCCAAACCCAAUUGACUCACCUCACCACCCUACUCAAAACCCACCUCAAAAAGAAUCCCACCACCAUUACCCCACAAGAACUUCUUCACUUCUUUAAAUCCCAUGUGCGCCAUAACCCGAUUCUCAGCCACCUCGAUUUCCACUUCUUCCGCUUUGUCGCUACCUUCGACUCCUUUCGCCACGACCACUCCACUUUCGAGUACAUGGCCCGCUCCUUAAUUUCCUCUAACCGCUUCGACUUCCUUGCCUCCCUCCUCCAGUUCAUCGCUGCCAAUCCUUGCCCGUGUUCCGACGGUAUCUUCUCCUGUCCUAGCACCGAGCCAAUAUUCCGGGUUUCUAUUAGUUCGUUUUGUAGGAUUGGUAGAUUUGAUGAUGCACUAUUUGCUUUUGGUACUAUGAAAAGGUUAAUAGAUGGCAAGCCUAAUGUUGCUUUGUAUAAUAUUAUGAUUCACGGGUUUGUAAAGUUCGGAAAAUUGGAUAACGCGGUUGAGUUUUAUGAUAGGAUGAUUAGAGACCGGGUGAAGCCCGAUGUGAUUACCUUUAAUACUUUGAUUAAUGGGUACUGUAGGAGUAGGAAGUUUGAGUUGGCAUUGCAGGUGUUCAAGGAGAUGAAAAAUAAAGGUUGUGUUCCAAAUGUGGUUAGUUUUAAUACUUUAAUUAAAGGGUUCUUUCGGGAGGGGAAGGUUGAGGAGGCAGUUGGGAUGGUGUACGAGAUGAUUGAGCUGGGGUGUGAGUUCUCGGGUGUGACCUGUGAGAUUUUGGUUGGUGGGCUUUGUCAAAGGGGAAAGGAAACUGAUGCGUGCGAUUUGAUUCUUGAUCUUUCUAUAAAAGGGGUUUUGCCCAAAGGGUUUGAUUAUGUUGGGCUGAUUGAGAGGCUUUGUCAGGGUGGGAAUGUGGAGAAGGCACUUGAGGUGGUCGACGAGUUUUGGAAGAAAGCUAAUAUGCCUAGCUUGAUUGCUUGUACAACUUUGAUUGAGGGUUUACGGAGCGUAGGCAGGAUUGAUAUGGCAUUUAAACUAAUGGAAAAGAUGCUUAAAGAUUGCAUUGUUCCAGAUAGCGUGACUUUUAAUUGUCUGCUAAGUGAUAUGUGUGAUUCUGGAAGAGUUGUGGAAGCAAAUAAGUUGAGAUUGUUGGCUUCCAGAAAAGGCUUGAAUCCUGAUGGUAUGACUUACAGGAUUUUGAUUUCAGGUUAUACGAAGGAAGACAGAAGGAAGGAGGGGGAAGUUCUGUUGGACGAGAUGUUGGAUAGAGGGUUUAUUUCUGAUCUUACUACCUACAAUAGAUUGAUGGAUGGACUUGGUAAAGCAAAAAAGCCAUCUUGAUUAACUACAGAAUGUUAAUGUGGAAAGAUGAUGAAUUUACAUUGGGGCCUAAGAGUUUGAGGCAAUUGCCCUGGAAGAAGCUGAUUUAUAGAUACCUUGAAGAGUUGCAAGAUGCAGGGGGCAGCUGAUUGGCAGUUCUUAUCAUAUGUUCGGUAGAAAAAAGUUUAUUUCAUGGAGUUCAGCAAAUAUUAGUUUUUUGUAACAACAACCCGUGGCUUUUACAUCCCACUACAAACUUAAAAGCCAAGGAGCAGCAGGAAUAAUUCCAUCUAGAAUUUGGUACUCAGGAUGCAUUCAGGAAUUGAAUUAUUCUGCUGUGAGUUGUUAAGAGAUUUAUAUUAAACUCUUAUUCAAUUCUCUUUUUGGACUUAUAUUUGCUCGUUUCUGAAUUAUUUGAAGAGAGAGAGAGAGAGAACUGUCGUCUUUUAUUGAUUUGUCAGAUGUUGCUCCAACCAAGUAUUACUUUUUUUCUUUUUCUUUUUCUUUUUUUUUUUCCCGUCAUGUAGAACUUGUCUUUUGUUGGGCAAUAGGGAAAAUAAAGUUUAGCAACAAGAUCUUGGUAGAGUUGUUGGCUAUGCUUGUAAGAUAAGUCUGUUAUGGAUUGAAAUAUAGGAUAUGGUCUAUAAUUUGUAAGGAUCAUUGCAAAAUGCUUAGGCUAGGGAAUCCUUGAUUCAAGUCCUCAUACUUGAUGGAUUCAAAGUUGAAAUUUUUAAUAUUGUGAUGCCAAAAUUUGAUUUAUUC